AUGAGAAGCAUUGCAAUUCUCGCGGGUUUCGCUGCUCUUGCUGCCGACAUGCCUAUUGCUGUCCACAGGGUUCCCGAGGCUCACGAUGACGAUGUUGGUACUUUCCAUCAUUACUUCGAUUUCGUGUUUCGGCCAUCGGUGGACAUGCCAGGGCCAGUAAAGCAGGAGAAGUCUCAAGCCUCAAUCCCAGAGUGCUCGAUGGCCGCUCGAGGCCUAGGUUCGACAACUGAGCCAUACGACUGUCAGAAUCCAGAUCUUGGACGGAAUCCAGAAGAGGCUGAUCAGCAGCUGAACACAACUCCAUUCCGGAGCACCAUAGAAAAGUCCAAUGGAAGCUUGCCCCACAAAGCGACUCGUGCAAUCAGAUCGUCCACGAACUGCUCUUUGUCCGCCAUCACCACCAACCACUUCUUCCGGCUCGCAAGUGCAGCUCCAGUCGAGCUUCCCGAUAAAGACUCGAUCACGUCUCAAUAUUUCCAGACUCCUACGGUGCUUGCGAUCUGUUUCGUAACUUUGCUGUUCGCAGUCUGGGUCUCGACAGCAUCUCGGAAAAGAUGGAACGGGUGUCUAUACGUUGCUACGCUUGGCUCCAGUAUAAUGUCAAUCGCUGUACUCAACAUGGGCAGUGACGCGGAAGCCAACCAGGUCUGGGUUAUCCUCACUUCCUUUUGUCUAUACGUGGCAUGGUUGCGUCGUCUGUCGAAAAUGACCACACCUAGGACCCCAGAGGCUCUAGAUAUCCGAACGACCCCGAGACCAGGUAGCGCAGAGAGCCCGGAAGGUGCAGUAGAUGCGGAGAAUCUGGAAAACCCAGAGCGUCCGGACAACCAGAGGUAG